AUGCCUGCCCUCCCCAAGAAGUUCCCCGCCCCCGUGGCCAAGCCCAUGGCUCCUUUCUUCGCUGCCGGUGCUGUCAUUCUCUACGGUGUCAACUCCCUCGCCAACGCCUUGUCGCAGACCGCCGAGUUCAAGAACGACCCCCGCAACCCCAACGCUGGCAAGAGCAGCCACUAA